AUGAAUGCGCAUUUUUUGCUGAAGUUGUUAAUUCUGAGCUUUGCUUAUGUCUGUUAUGCCGCUUACCGACAUUAUUUUCCACUUUAUCCAGUCUACAAAGAUGAAGUAAGUCAACGUCAAGGUCAAAUUUUGAAGAAACUUGUUGGAUAUGUGUUGAAAGUAGAAAUUGGUGCUCCUGGUAAAAAUUAUACAUUAUUAGUAAAUACACUAUCACCAAUAUCAUGGGUAGUUGGAUCAAAAUGCUCACAUCCAUUUUGCAACAAUAAAACAAUUUAUAAAAAAACACCCAAUGGUAAAAGAGUUGGCAAGAGAAAAUAUGAUUUUGGCUCAGUGAAAAUUGUAACUGAAAACUGGCAGGAUAAAUUUUCGGUGAAAGAAAAUAAUGGCGACGUGAUACAGAUUCCUCAGUUGGAAUUUGGUGCGCUUUCUGAAUUUUCUUGGAUGAAUUGGGAAAAUUACGAAGUUGAUGGAAUUUUUGGUUUAGCUAAUUUACAUAAAGAGGAAGUAAAAAAUCCACUUACUGAAUCAUUGUCAGCGAUUAGUGUACUACCAACAGUAGGGAUCAUGGCACCACCACCAGUAAUGUUUUACUCAUUGUUUUCCUUCAUUAUAUUCAAGUAA